UUUUUGAAUUGCUAUUUUGGCGCGUACAUAGCGAGUGGAACUGCGUGUGGUAUAUUUGCUGCGCUACACAUGGUCCACUGCACCUGGUUGUACUCGACCAAUUACAGAACGAAACUCCGAGCGCUUUUCAAAUUACCGGAAGCUCCUUAUUCCGAUGCGAUGGUACAUUGUUGCUGUUGUGUGUGCGCCAUAACACAGGAAUACAGAGAACUCAAGAAUCGCGGUGUUGAACCUUCCUUAGGUUGGGAAGGAAACGUCGACAAGUGGAAACGUGAAGGUGCAACCGUGCCCCCUCUUUUCCCAUCCGACAUGGCUCGUUAAACGUCGUCUUGGAUUAGCUUGCUUCAACAAAAUAAAAUUUAUGUGAUCUCUAUUGAAAAAAAGUGUUGUAUUUUCUAUCUAGUUAAUUAAGAAAAUGUAUUAAGUUAUGAAACAUUAUAGAAGUUGUACUCGAGAUACAUUGUUUUGAAUGGUUUGGUGAU